CCAAGUCCCAGACUGCUCCGCGUUCCCGCUCUCAUCAUCCAGAGCACCAUUUCUAUCGGUAGAUGGAGAAGAAGAAGAAGAAGAAUAAGAGUUCAGGGCGUCCGAGCACCAAUCAUCGUCUACAGAAAUGCAAGCUCGCAAACAGUCCAGUUAAAUUUCAUAAGAAAAGGAAGCUUAGGGAAGAAUGGGUUAGUCCACUGGUGGAGAAGUAUUGGUUUCAAAGGUACGAUCUUUUCUCGAGAUACGAUGAGGGUAUCGAAAUGGACGAGGAAGGAUGGUAUUCGGUUACCCCUGAAGAGAUUGCGAUUCGACACGCCCAGAGGUGUGGGAAUGGGAUCGUGAUUGAUUGCUUUGCAGGCGUUGGCGGCAAUGCCAUUCAGUUUGCUAAAAUGUGUUAUUCUGUUGUUGCUAUUGACAUUGAUCCUCAAAAAGUUGAAUUAGCCCUUAAUAAUGCAAAAAUAUAUGGUGUGGAAGAUUAUAUCGAUUUCAUUGUUGGAGACUUCUUCCAACUUGCUCCAUCAUUGAAGGGGGACAUAGUGUUUCUUGCACCACCAUGGGGAGGUCCAUCGUACAGAAGUACUGAAACAUUUAAACUUGAUUUUCUCAAGCCAAAAAAUGGGUUCACCAUGUUUCAGGCAGCUCAGGCAAUAACACCCAACAUCAUUAUGUUCUUACCUCGAAAUGUAGACUUUCACCAAGUGGAAGAACUUUCUUGGCUGUCUUCUCCUCCUUUAGAAGUUGAGAUUGAAGAAAAUUAUGUGCGAAAUAAUGUAAAGGGUGUCACAGCAUACUUUAGUGGUUCAGCAUGUGGUUAAUUAACUUGGUCUUGCUCCCUGGGAAAGUAGAUCGAGAGGCAACAGUUUAUGAGUAUCUUUGAUGGUGAAGCAUGCUAUGUUCAGUGGGAACGAGGAAAAUCUCGAUAGUGUGAGAGAUUAUAUUUAUGCUUAGAUCAAAGAUACAUGGCUUGAGUAUUUUUUUUUUUUUUUAAAAAAAAAAAAUUAUUUUUAACGAAAUAAUAUAAGAAAUGAGGCCGGGAUGACAACCCCAAAUGAGGGGAGGCCAGCUGUAACGUCUCGGCUUAAAAUUUUAGCCGCCAAGUGGAAUGGAAUAAUCUCAUAUUUCAUGUA